AUGUGUUGGAACUUCAGGAACACAAGCCAUUGGGAUGAUUUCCAAAAACUCAUACUGCAUGUUCAUGAGGCCGGGCUUGACUUGGAUUUGUUCGCCAUGGUUGUUUGGUUGUUGUGGCAUCGAAGAAACCAAAUCAGAGUUAGUAGUAACUCAGCAACUCCGCUCGGUCAUAUAGCUGCCAGUGCUCGACAGCAGUUGCAAGAUUACAGCUGGGUGCAACUAGCGAAGUUAGCGACUGAGGCGGCAAAUCUCCACACAGCAGUGACCUGGUCUCCCCCACGAACUCCAUUCCUGAAGAUUAACUACGACGGGGCAGUGUUCCGGGACUCAAACAGUGCAGGUUUAGGAGUUGUGGUCCGUGACAGUAUGGGAGAGGUGCUUGCCUCACUAGUAGAGAACAUUCCUCUUCCUCAGACAGUGGCAAAUGUGGAGGCAGCAGUUGCAAGAAGAGCCAUCAUGCUUGCAAGGGAGCUCAACCUUAGCUCGAUAAUCUUAGAGGGUGAUUCAGAGAUCAUCAACAGAGCAAUUCAAGCGGAGGAGCAGUCCCUAGCCUCCUAUGGUAACCUCAUUGAGGAGAUAAAAUUGCACGCAGAAUCUUUUCUCAGUUUUAGAAUUUCUCUUGUUAGAAGAAAUAGGAAUUCUGUAGCACAUAGUCUUGCUAGACAUGUUAGCGGUUUAAUAGUUUGGAUGGAGGAGGUUCCAUCCCACAUUUUACCUGUACUCUUAGCCGACGCCGGCUAA